GGGAGGAGAGGGAGGAGCACAUCCUAAUGCAGAGAUGCUGCAGUGGCUUUGGGCACACACAUCCACACUCGGGCAGGCACCAGCCAAGCGCUGCCUCGCAGCCGAGCCCCCGGCACCGGCGGGGCCCCCAGCUCAUGCACAGCCACCCACCCCACCCCAGGGCUGCUGUCCCCACUCACCCGUAGAGGCUCGGCCGUGGAGGCCGUAACCCGGCCGGGGGCGCAGGAUGGGAAGCGCCGCUGGAUUUGUCCGCACAUCCCUGGCUGUCGUCACCGUUCUGGUUUGGUGCCAUGCACAGAGUAGCACAAGGAGCUACGGGCCGGUGUUUGAGGAGCAGCCUGUCCACACCCUCUUCCCUGAAGGCUCAGCAGAAGAGAAAGUCACGCUGGCUUGCCGAGCAAGAGCCAGUCCUCCUGCGACCUACAGGUGGAAGAUGAACGGCACAGAGAUAAAGAUGGAGCCAGACUCCCGUUACAGGCUGGUUGCGGGUGACCUAGUGAUAAGCAACCCAGUGAAAGCCAAGGACGCUGGCUCCUACCAGUGCAUGGCAUCUAACUCCAGGGGCACGGUGGUCAGCAGGGAAGCCUCCCUCCGCUUUGGCUUUUUGCAGGAAUUCUCUGCAGAAGAGCGAGACCCCGUGAAGAUUACAGAAGGCUGGGGAGUGAUGUUUGCCUGCAGCCCUCCUCCCCAUUACCCAGGUUUAUCCUACCGAUGGCUCCUGAAUGAGUUUCCCAAUUUCAUCCCAGCCGAUGGAAGGCGUUUCGUCUCUCAGACCACAGGAAACCUUUACAUUGCCAAGACAGAGGCUUCCGACCUGGGGAACUACUCAUGCUUUGCCACCAGCCACAUCGACUUCAUCACCAAGAGCGUUUUCAGCAAGUUCUCCCGGCUCAGCCUCGCUGCAGAGGAUGCCAGGCAGUACGCACCCAGCAUAAAAGCCAGGUUUCCUGCAGACACCUACGCUCUGGCUGGGCAGAUGGUGACUUUGGAGUGUUUUGCCUUUGGAAACCCCGUUCCUCGAAUAAAGUGGAGGAAACUGGACGGCUCGCAGUCCUCCAAGUGGAUCGGCAGCGAGCCCCUCCUGCAGAUCCAGGAUGUUGACUUUGAGGAUGAAGGCACUUACGAGUGUGAGGCUGAAAACAUCAAAGGGAGAGACACCUACCAGGGCCGCAUCAUCAUUCAAGCUCAGCCGGAGUGGCUGGAGGUGAUCGCGGACACGGAAGCAGACAUCGGGUCCGACCUGCGCUGGAGCUGCGCGGCCGCCGGCAAACCCAGGCCCGCGGUGCGAUGGCUGCGGGACGGGCAGCCCCUGAGCUCCCAGAACCGCAUCGAAGUGAGCGGUGGAGAGCUGAGAUUUUCCAAGCUAGUCCUGGAGGACUCUGGCAUGUAUCAGUGUGUGGCUGAGAACAAGCAUGGCACAGUAUAUGCAAGUGCUGAAUUAACAGUGCAAGCCUUAGCACCAGAUUUUAGACUAAAUCCAGUGAAGCGACUGAUACCUGCAGCCCGAAGUGGGAAGGUCAUCAUCCCAUGCCAACCAAGAGCAGCACCAAAAGCCACUAUACUCUGGACCAAAGGGACUGAACUUCUGAUCAACAGUAGCAGGGUGACUAUUACCACAGAUGGCACCUUGAUCCUCCAGAAUAUCAGCAAAUCUGAUGAGGGAAAGUAUACCUGCUUUGCUGAGAAUUUCAUGGGCAAAGCCAACAGUACUGGAAUCCUCUCUGUUCGAGAUGCCACCAAAAUCACAUUGGCACCAUCUAGUGCUGAUAUCAACGUAGGUGAAAACCUGACUCUGCAAUGUCACGCGUCCCACGAUCCAACUAUGGACCUAACCUUCACCUGGUCGCUAGAUGAUUUCCCCAUUGACUUUGACAAGUCCGAGGGGCACUACCGGCGGGCCAGUGUGAAGGAAGCUAUUGGAGACCUCAGCAUCUUCAACACGCAGCUGAAGCACUCGGGGCGGUACACGUGUACAGCCCAGACAGUUGUGGACAGCGCUUCGGAGUCAGCCACGCUGACUGUCAGAGGACCCCCAGGCCCUCCUGGGGGUGUCGUGGUGAGAGACAUCAGUGACACCACCGUCCAGCUGAGCUGGAGCCGUGGCUUUGAUAACCACAGCCCUAUAGCCAGGUACAUCGUCGAGGCACGGACCCUCCUCUCCCCCAAAUGGAAGCAAAUGCGCACCAAUCCUGUAAAUAUUGAAGGCAACGCAGAGACAGCCCAGGUGGUGAAUCUCAUUCCCUGGAUGGAUUACGAGUUUCGGGUCUUGGCGAGUAACAUUCUUGGAGUUGGGGAGCCAAGUUUACCCUCCAGCAAAAUCCGCACCAAAGAAGCAGCACCUACUGUGGCACCAUCUGGGCUCAGCGGAGGCGGAGGGGCUCCCAACGAGCUGAUCAUCAACUGGACGCCGACGCUGCGGGACUAUCAGAACGGAGAUGGCUUUGGCUACAUCUUGUCGUUUCGCAAGAAAGGCACCCAGGGGUGGCUGACAGCAAGGGUGCCGCACGCAGAAUCGCUGCACUACGUCUACCGCAACGAGAGCAUCGGUCCCUACACCCCCUUUGAAGUGAAGAUCAAAGCGUACAACAGGAAAGGAGAGGGACCAGAGAGCCUCACUGCCAUCGUGUACUCUGCAGAAGAAGAGCCAAAAGUCGCUCCUUUCAGAGUUAUAGCCAAAGCUGUCCUGUCCUCAGAAAUGGAUGUGUCCUGGGAGCCCGUCGAGCAGGGAGACAUGACUGGAGUGCUUCUGGGCUACGAGAUCCGGUACUGGAAGGACGGUGAUAAAGAGGAGGCAGCUGACAGAGUGAGAACAGCAGGGCUGGUCACAUCGGCUCACGUAACAGGCCUAAACCCCAACACGAAGUACCACGUGUCAGUCAGAGCUUACAACCGGGCUGGAACCGGCCCCCCCAGUCCCUCCACCAACGUCACGACAACAAAACCACCACCAACGAGGCCACCUGGCAACAUCUCCUGGACUUUUUCUGGGUCUACGGUCAGCAUCAAGUGGGACCCAGUGGUGGCGAAGGCAGACGAGUCUGCAGUUACGGGGUACAAGAUGCUUUACAGGCAGGAUUCCCACUCUGCUCCCACCCUAUACCUGGCCAGCAAGAGCCGGAUUGACAUCCCCGUCCCCGAAGACUUCACUCACGCCUUUGUACAGAUCAGGGUGACAGGACCUGGGGGAGAUGGAACCCCAGCAGAAGUUCACAUCCUCCGAAAUAGUGGGACAAGUAUGAUGGUGGAAGACUCUGUGUCGAGGCCAGUGCCACACGCUGUCAUUAUCACAACUAACUCUCUGGUAAUGGUGGCCCUCAUCAGCUACCUGGAGCUCUGACGACGGCCGGUGCAGCAGGGGACUCCCGGACACGCUUCCUCCCAAGCCAGUGGGAACUACUCAAUACUCGGCUGCUGCAACUUCCAAGUUUGUAUCACAGCAGCUCUUGGAGAAAGGAUUUGACAACAUCGUUUUAAGGGAGGAAGAAAGAAACAGUUUGGUUUGGUGGUUUGUUUUUUUUCUUGGAAGGAUAUAAGCUUUCAUACAAGACAUGGGUCUUUAACUGAUUCAAAAUUUUUUAACGAAACAAGUAAAACGAAGAAGAAUUCUACAUGAAUUCUGACAGCCAACUGCCCCACACACUGUAUCCAGUAGGUUUUCUGCCUUAUGAAGCCAUGUACUAAAAUAACCAGACUGCUAAAUUUUACCUUUUUUUUUUUUUUUUAAUAUGUACAGUGAAUUUUGGGGGGGUAAGGGGAGGACGGGGACUGAGGAUUUCACAGUGAUCAGCAUGUUCCAUACCAAUCCCAGUCACUGCCAUCUCUAAUGACUUAUGGGACAGGAUUAUUUCCACCCCCACCCCAUAAUAUGAGCCAAAUUCUGCAGCAACCAGCCCAAGGAGACAAAGCCACAAGAGAGACUGAUCUCUGCCCCAUCCUGAAGAUCAGUAAACACAGAGUUUAGAUUGCGAAAAGCUUUUUUUAUGACACUGAUGUAACUUGCAACCCCAGCCUAUUGUUUGUAUCAACUGUUACGCUGUGAGGUGCAACGUUCAAUGUUAUCCAUAUCCCACAUGCUUUUGGGGUGUUUUUGUUAUACUGUUUGCUUCUUUCUUUGUUUCUUUGGGGAGGAGAAGGGGUAAGAGAAAAGGAAAUACUUUUCUAGCAUCUGCUAAUUCGGAGAGGCAGUUCUCCCUAAUAAGGGAGAUGUCAACAUACCCAAUUUCAACAGAGGGUCUUAAAGGAGGAAGAAAAAGGAAAAUUACAUAAUUUAACAAGGAACUGCAGACUCAAGGAAGCCACCACUGGGGCAGCAAUGCAAAUCUGGGCUCAGGUUCAUCACCCUACACAAACGGUUCCACCCAGCCAGAAUACCAGUCUCAGCCUGGGACUGCCAGAUUCUGACUGCAAUAAGUCAGUCUGCUUUUUGGGUCCAAGGCUCAUACAGCUAAUGUACAUGGGAGGGCUGACACCCCAAAGAAGUACAGGGAUGUUGAGGUGCACCAUGAACUAAAAUGGUUGGGAACAGAUGUUGCAUACUAAAAUCUCUCUGUCUGCCAGUAAAGCCAUGGCCCAAAGUUAACAAGAAGCUGAUUUACACUGCUGGCCGGUUAGAGCCCAAGCGCGGUUUUAGGGACCUUUUACGUGCCUGCACCUUCCUCCUUCCCAGCAGACAAGAGCAAUCUCAGCUCCAGAAUUACCUGACAAAGAGCUACACUUGCAGGACAGUGCGAUGGCAAGGGACUGACGUGCAGUUUCCACAUGAGAUGCCAAUUCCUUGCUCUUGCUAAUCGUUUUAAAACUCCCAUGUCCUAGGCUUUAGUGAGCAUUUGAGAGAUUACAUGCACAAAUCCCUGGUCUCCCCGAGUUAUGCCGAUUGUAUAUAUCUCAUCACAUUAUUUUUUAGCAUCUGGCUUGCCCUGGAAGCAAGAAGGUAAAUACAGCAGUAGGUUCACGAUGCUCGAUGCAAACAGCAAGGCUCUGGCUGAGGAAGAAGGGCUGCGAUGUGUUCAGCAAACAAGAGGAAUCUUUGAGAAAUGGACAAAGAAAAAUAAACUUACUGAAAGAGUCUAAACAUUUAGAGCGUAGCUGCAGCAAAAAGAACGGGUACCUCACUGUUCCCGUUACAAAUAACACCUGGGAUAAAGUGGAAAAAAGACAAGAGCUCCCACUGAUACCUGGCAGCCCGAGGCAGGCAGGAAAGGCACCCAGCACCCCCAGAGCCCGGCCCGAGGUUCCUCCGGGUCCCUCUGCAGCUCUCCACGAAUUACCCCCUCGGUCCCUCAGGCAGGCUGAAACACUUCUUUCAGUAGGACAACAGCUAAAUAUAAAUGAUAUUUUUGUAUGAUUUAUGUUCUUGAAUAUUCUUAAAUAUUUUUAUUGAUGUUUGGAAGCUUUGUUCGGCAAAAUAUUUGAUGUUGUUAAUUCAGCAUUUUUGUUAUCACCUCCCAUCUUGUCGGGCUUUUAACCUUUCUACCACCAAAGAUAGAAUGAAAGGCAAAUUAGGAAUUCGGUAUUAGCUCAAAAGCAAAGCAAAUUAGGGCUUAGGCAACGGUUACCUGAUCGAUAUGCAGAACUAGCAGUAGCCAUCAUGAAAAUAUUUAGGAGGCAUAAACGAACUGGACCUAUGGAGGUUGUGAGCACUGCUGGAGGAUGCUCACUGCAGCCCUGCAGAAGCCUGGGCCUGAUGCAGGAGAGGAGCAAACCAAAGCAGCCAGGUUAAAUGACGUGCCCAAGGAGCCUUCACCGCAUGGAGCUGCAGAUGCUGGAGGGAGCCUGGGUCUGAUCCUGUGGAGCCGCCAGCACUGGGCAGGGGGGCUGGGAGGGGGGCGGACCAGAAUGGAAAUGGCUCCUAUUGAAGAAGUGUGCCGCGCUCCUCGGAAGGAACGGCUGAGUGGGAGGGAGCUGCCUACCCACUGCGGUCAGGGUCAUCCUGGUUCCAGGCACAGCCCCUGCGUGAGGCCAGCUGGGCUCACCCCAUCCUGCAUUACUAGCCCCACUGGCUCUCCCGAGGGGCUGCUACACCUGCAUGUCCACAAACACAGCUAAUUCCCUUCAAAAAGCGCACACCAGCCACCUCCAGGACUGAAGAACAAGCUUUGACGGCCCACAUGUUGGAUGGACUCUCACAAAGCAAGGUAACCCUGUGAAAUCCAAGGGCUGAGGCUCAGCAUCAGCCUAGGUCUGACCACACAGGCUGUGCAACGUCUCUUGCAGGAACUUGGUCUCAACAAACGCUUCCAAAUGUGUCUGGCAACACUGGUGGCUCUGUUUUACUGAACUUCAGAGUGUUGGAAAGCAAGAUGCUUUACAGCAUGGUGCAAACAGGAUCUAAAUGCUGCAGUGACACUGGUUUUUAAAUAGCAGCCGCCUGCAACGUUUCCCUGGGAAGGUUAAUGCAUUCUCCAUACAUUUCUUUGUUAAACUAGAUCACAGGAACAUUUUAUAUAACAAGUGAAAAACUACAUGAGUUGGAUCUCAAGCGUUCCAGUUUGCACUGCUCUGCGUUGCAAAUGGGCUGAAUAUAUUCUAAUUUGUAAGAUUUUCACAUGACCAGCAGACCCCUUGAAAGUUAAACGCCUUCAAUCUGAAUUCAAGCUACACCUCUUUUUUUAAAAGGUAAAUCAUCAGUACGUACAGUUUCAGCAGUAUGCAUCUUAAACCAAAAAACCACUGAGCUUUUGCAACGUUUUAAGGAUGGGAAGACUGAGUGACAACCACAACGGCCUUACAACCACUUGUUGUAAUCCCAGCUCUGACUUUACCUACGGCUCCAAGUGAUUAUUUCACCACUCGCUGCCUCAGUUUCCCCUUUCCUGAAAAGUGAUGCACAAGCAGGUCAUUGUGUAUUUGCAAGUUUUUUGCAGUUUGAGAGUAUCUGAGCAUCACAGCGCUGUCAAAGGCACCACGGCAGCUCACACAGGGUAUCAGAGCUGACUCCAGCUCCCUGGCUCGGGCACUAAGAGCCACACAGCUGCAGCAGCACAGGCUGAGCAGUCGCUGCCCGAGUCCAGCGUGGCAAAUCUGUCCUUGUACCCAUGCUGUCUCUGCUGCCUAGUCCUCACCUAACUCCGCCAGCCACAGCUCAGCUGACAUCAAUGUUUCCCGAGUAUUAGCAUAAAGAAACUCUGAAAAACGCACAUAGUAAACAGGCAGCCUUUCCCUCACAGCUUGUUCUGAAAUUCUGGGGGAAUUUGUUGAUACUCCAAAGUUGCUGAGUGAAAAAGAUGGUGUCACGUUAUGAAACACGGCACGUAAAGCACAGGGAAACAGCCUGGGUGAAGGACAGGGCACACUGGGAAGGGAAGGGGACAGAAAAGGUUUUCCACCUGCAACACUGGUAGAUGAGAAAGGCCAAGUUCAGGCCUAGACUAUUACAGGCUAAACCCUGCUCCAAACAAGACAGGUUGGUUCCUGUAUGUAGACACAAGCCACGUUCACACAAAGACUGCCUUGUCUUAGGCAGCCUGUUCUGCCAUUUUAUUUAUCACAGGGUUAGGUGAUCCACAGAAAAGGAGUUGCACAAGCAAAGGCAGCAUUUGUACCUAAUUAAACUUUACCGAGACUAUAAAAAAAAAAAAAUCUACAUAUAAAACCUAGCUAGAGCCACCAACAUGAGAAAAACUGUAGGAUAAACCUUCUGUGAAGCCACUUGGAGUUUCCCAAAAUGCAGCAGAAGGGUUAAAAAGAAAGGUGGUCAGAGCCAGGGGAGAAAAUUUAAGAUUUUAACGUCUUAACAGAGUUUACUGGCUUUACACUAUUGCAUUAAGUUGCAAAUUGAUUUCCUGUCUCAUUAAGAAUCCCCUACGUUUAAUUGCUCUGAGCAUUUGCUUGAGAGAUUAACUUGGAGUGAUGAGUUAAGCGCCGUGGGUUUUGUUCUCAGCACUGUAAUGGCUCGCUAAGGGAAGUCAUCUCAUUUCACAGGGUCCAUAUUACUUGUCAGUAGUAAAAACCAACCUGACAAGGCUGCUGUAAGGAGUAUACAACAAGGGUGAAAUGUUUUGAGACUCCCAAAUGAGAGAAGCUUUACAGUUCUGAUUUACUGAUAACAUAAAAUAAUCUUCUACCUGAUACUGUUGAACUUACAGAGUGAAGAUUGUGCCUCUGGUUUUAGGCUGUCUGGGCUAAAUUCAACACUCAGCUGUAAGAGUUUGAACCAGAACAGCUCCCACUCGCAGCAGGACAGAUGAGGUGUUGUGCCCCGAAUGCGAGACACUCAGAUCUUUGCCCAAGGAAUCAGCUGGAUAACGCAGGCAUCGCAUUCAGCUAACGCCCUGGGCAGGGGGGGGGUCUUCAUCCCAUCUGCUCGAAACCUGCCAAGCAAUCCCCCACCCACAGAAACCCUCUGCUGGGAAUAUUUUAAUCUAGCUUCACUACACACAAACAGGGCAAUUUUCUUCUCGGUAACUUUCUUCUACGCUAUUUUCUUAAGAGAACCAAACAGCAAACAUUGUAAGCAUACUGUACUUACUGUAAUUAUGGUUAUUUAUUGGCUACAGUAGCACGCAGUUCAUAAAUAAAGAUCUUCAGAGACUUUAGA